GCUACUACCAAUUAUGUCUGAAUUAUGUCUGGUGACCUUUCCACAUUUCCGAUAGAACCAAUUCAAGAGUUCGUCGACGCCAAUUCAUUCCCUGAUUUCGGGUCUUCAUCCUUCCCUCUCUUUGCCUUAGGUCCGGUAUCAUACUCAGUUCUGAAGGAUAUUUCAGCAACAAUCAACGAACAAUCCCGUGCGGAGCUUGGCUUCAGCCCCAAAGAAUACGAUGAACUAGGCCCUGCCAUUGACAUCCCAGAAAAAUGGGACCUGAAUGACAAAAGCCUAAACGACGCCGUACACCACCAUUUCUCUCUAUUCAACCCGUAUGAAAAACUUCCAACGGGAGAUCCAAAGUGGUAUCCUGUUGGUUUCGUGGCUGUUCUAAAGAAAGAUUGGCGGGGUAAGGGGCUUCUGCUGACAUAUUUACAGAAGGAGGAUGGGUAUCUGGCGCUCAAGUCGUGUGUGGUGAAGACGGAUGAACUUGGGGGGCAGUUGGUUUCGUUUAGGCAGGGGGAUGCGGAGUUUGAUUAUGCUCGGGGGUUUAUUGAGGCUUGAUAUAGACGGGUCAUGGUCGAGGGAGGUAGUUUGUAUAGCUGAACGUGGGAGUGCAUGGUCCGAUACUCUUUUCAAUAAUGCAUUCUCAACUAACAGGCCAACGCACUAGCCACUGGGUUUCUAUUGCAUUAUAGAGCUAGGA